GGGCACAGGACAGAACCUUGGGGUCACCAGGGUCAGUGGGCAUGGCCUAGAUGAAGAUCCAGGAGGCAGGAGGAAUACCAAAACAGAGAGGAAUGAGUGUCCAGUUCUGUCGUGUCAGUUCUCUGCUCUUCCCCAAGAAAGAAGGGAAUGACUUCUGUGCUCAUAACAGCCACAUCCCAGAUACCACUGACCUUCCAAGAUGUGACUGUGAACUUCACCUGGGAGGAAUGGGGGCUCUUGGAACCUUCUCAGAAGGACAUGUAUUGGGAUGUGAUGAUGGAGAACUUUGAGAAUUUUGUCUCCCUUGAAGGAGGCCUUCCUGUUUCCAUGCCAGAUGUGAUUUCCCAGAUGGAAAGAAUAGGAGCACCAGGGAUGGCAGAGGGAGGAGUCCCAAUGAGCAUUUUCCUAGAUUUUCUUAGUCAGAAGACAAGAUGUGAAACCAAGGAGACAACUGGGAAGCAGGAUAUUUUUGUGGGAGAACCAUUUAAAGAGAGAUUCAUAAAGGAAAGGCCCUGGCAUUCCACAUUAGGAGAAACUUGGGAUGGUGGUGAUAGGUUAGACAGGCAGAAAGGAAACCAAGAAACACAGUCUCCAGAGGUAACAAUCACUAAUGAAUCUUUUCGUAAAUGUAAUAUGUUUGGGAGAAAGCUCAACCUGGGGUUGGUUGUUAUUCCACAGCAGAGAGUUCAUAUGGGAGAAAAUCUUCCUAAAUACAGUACACUUGGAAAGAGUUUGAAGCAGUUUUUUGACCCACUUAAACCUAAGAAAAUCUCCAUUGGGAAGAAACUGAAGUACAGUAAAUUCAGGAAGCCCUUUAGUUAUCAGUCAAACCUUAUUCAUUACCAUAGAACACAUCCUCGAGGGAAACCCCAUAAAUGUAAUGAAUGUAACAAAUCCUUCAGCAAAAAAGGGAGCCUUAAUGCACAUAAAUUAAUGCAUACUGGAGAGAAACGAUUUGAAUGUAGUACCUGUGGAAGAGGCUUCAGAUACCAUUCAUCCCUUAAGCAACAUCAAAUAGUUCAUACUGGUGAGAAACCCUAUAAAUGCAGUGAAUGUGGGAAAGGCUUUAGCCAGAGAGGCAUCCUCAAGACACAUAAAAUAAGUCAUACUAGAGAAAACCAUUUGGAAUGUAAUGUAUGUGGGAAAGGUUUCAGAUACCAUGCAUCCCUUAGGGUACAUAAGAAGAUUCAUACUGGAGAAAAACCACAUGUAUGUAAUGAAUGUGGGAAAGCCUUCAGCUUGAAGGGAAACCUUAGAACUCAUAAGAGAUUUCAUACAGGUGAGAUGCCAUUUGAAUGUAAUGAAUGUGGAAAAGCCUUCAUCCUAAGAAGAGAUCUCAACAAACAUAAGAGAAUUCAUACUGGUGAGAAACCUUAUAUAUGUAAUGAAUGUGGAAAAGCCUUCAGGUGGAAUGGAAGUCUUAAAUCACAUAAGAGAAUUCAUACUGGAGAGAAACCCUAUGUAUGUAAUGAAUGUGGGAAAGCAUUCACCAAUUAUCAAAGCUUAACUCAUCAUCAGAUAUUUCAUACUGGAGAGAAAACCUUUCAGUGUAAUGAAUGUGAAAAGGCUUUCACUCAAAGAGCAAACCUUAAUCGACAUAAGAGGAUUCACACUGGAGAAAAACCAUAUAUAUGUAAUGAGUGUGGGAAGGCCUUUAUUGUUAUGGGAAACCUUAAAAGACAUAUGAGAAUUCAUACUGGAGAGAAACCCUAUAAAUGUAAUGAAUGUGGAAAAGCUUUCACUAAUCAUCAAAGCCUAAUUCAUCAUCAAAUAUUUCAUACAGGAGAGAAAACCUUUCAAUGUAAUGAAUGUGAAAAGGCCUUCACCACAAAAGGAAACCUUAAUAUACAUAAGAGAGUUCAUACUGGAGAGAAACCCUAUGUAUGUAAUGAAUGUGGUAAGUCAUUCAAUGUGAAGAGAACCCUGACUAUGCAUAAAAUAACUCAUACUGGGGAGAAACCCUUUGAAUGUAAUGAGUGUGGGAAAGCUUUCAGCCAGAAGGGAAGUCUUAAAAGACACAAGAGAAUUCAUACUGGAGAGAAACCCUAUAAAUGUAAUGAAUGUGGAAAAGCUUUUACCAAUCAACAAAGUUUAACUUACCAUCAAGUAUAUCAUACUAGGGAGAGACCCUUUCAGUGUAAUGAAUGUGGGAAAACCUUCAUCCAGAAAGGAAAACUUAAUAGACAUUCAAGAACUCAUAAGGGAAUGAAACUCUACAUCUGUAAUGAAUGUGGAAAAGCCUUUAGCCAGAUGGGAAAUCUUAAUACACAUAAAACAACUCAUACUGGAUAGAAACAAUUUGAAUUACUUAAUGCUAGGAAGCCAUAAAAUAAAUAAAAGAAUACACACUGGAAAGAAUCUACAUAAAUAAGCAAAUGCAAAAGCCUUCAAGCAUCAAAGCCUAAAUUACCAUCAAUAUUUCAUACUGAUGAGAAACUAUUUCUCUGUAAUGAAUGUUGGAAAGCUUUCAAUCAGAAAGAAACUGCUAAUUCAUGUAAGAGAAUUCACUCAGUGAGGUGCCUUUACUAUUUUUAAAAAUGGGAAAACUAAACACAAUUCAAGGCCCAACUCAACAUUAAAUAUUAUAUAUUCAAGGGAAACUAUUCCAAUGUGAUAUGUGUUUAAAGAACAUCAGAAUUCUUAGUGGAGAUGAAUGUCAUGUCCAAAUUUUAUUGUACAUAAUGAAAUUCAUAGUAGAACCUCCCUCCCCCUUCAAAUAUAAACCACUGAGGAAAAUGUUCAGGUCUAGACCAUAUCAGAUAAUUUGUACUGGAGAAAGACCCAUUUAAACUUAAGGAAACUGGGAAAGUCUUUAGAAAAAGUACAAUAUAAUUGUACAUACAUAUUGAGUGGGUACUCACCCAUUGAUGGAUUCAUAUUCAUUCUGGAGAUAAAUCUUUCAAGGUAACUGAAGGACAGAGUAACCUCAGCAUGAAUCAAGGGAGGGGGCAGAGUUCUGAGAGUUUAAUAUACCUUCAUAGGAAACUAUUCAGAGAGGCAGGGCGAAAACCAAGAUGAAUUCAUAUAGAAGAUGGAUUAACUUACUCUACUUAUACCUAGAGAGAUAAAUAAGAAUACAAAUUGUGAGGAGGCAGGUUUCAGUUCAUAAGUAGAAGUACGGGAAGCUUGAGUCUAGCUGGAAAGCAGCAAUUAGGCAUAAUAAUAAAGACAGGAUUGUGGAACUGACAUGUUUCAACUAGAUCUUGUUUUAGCCCCCAGUUUAAGUCGCAUGCUACUCAGAGAAGGACUUGGGCAUAAGAUAGAUCUAAACACUGGCCUCCACAUAACUCCCACAGGAGCUUAAGAGCCAUUGUCUAAGAAUGCUUUCUGAGGACAUAGGCUCAUGAUCAGUAAUAUAAUGGGAGUUAUAAGGAAUUUUCCAACCCAAAGUCAGAUAGUGAUGAGUACUAUGGGCUUAAAAUCAGCAUCAAACAAUAGGAUUCAAAAGAAAAGACUUGGCUUGGAAGCAUUUUGUUGGCUUUUGUUAGUUCCCCUGAUGAGGAUAUUGUAUAUAAUUCCAAGCUGCCCUUUUGAGUUAAGGCCUUCUAAACACUACACUUCAGUUAAGAACAGAGGGCAGGGGGUGGCUAGGUGGCGCAGCGGAUAGAGCACCAUCCCUGGAGUCAGGAGGACCUGAGUUCAAAUCUGGCCUCAGACACUUAACACUUAUUAGCUGUGUGACCCUGGUCAAGUCACUUAACCCCAAUUGUCUCACCAAAAAAAAACAGAGGGCAGACGGUUAUCUCUUAAUGCUAGGAGCCUUGCUCAGUGUAGCUCAGUGACCAUGAAAUCCUCAGAAGCAACACAAUGGAGUUGAAAUGUGACAGUCUCUAGAAGAUGUCAGUAUUUCUGCAAUUUGGAGAUGUGUUGUUGCUCCAGUCACAUGUUGCAUGGCUACAUCAGUACCUGAUCUGUUUCCCUUAAUGUGUGUUCCUUGUUUGUCUUUUGUUUUCCCAGCUCAUGUGAGUACUCUCUUUGAAUGUUCUUUCCAACUGCUAUUGUAACCUGUGAGAAAAUGUACCCCAUGUGUGCAGGGUGCAUUUUGUUGCUUUAUUUGCUAUGCUGUUUGAUUAAAUACCUUUUGUUUUGAAUUAGUGUGUCUUAUGUUUGUCUUAGAAAAGUAAACACACUUGUUUGGACAUGUGAGCCGUGUUUUCUAGGGAGCACUCAUCCAUACAUGGAUUCAGAUCUGGAGUUGAUUUUCUAGUAGCUCACAUUGAAGGAGGCUGUUAUUAUAUUAGGGGAAAACCUGACAAUAGGCCCGUCAAAGGCAAAGCAGACUAUUUAAGGUGGUGUAGUGGAUAAAGCACUGGCUCUGGAUUCAGGAGGACCUGAGUUCAAAUAUGGCCUCAGACAUUUGACACUAGCUGUGUGACCCUGGGCAAGUCACUUAACCUGCCCUGCCCCCCCCCCCAAAAGUAGACUUUAAGGAGUUAAUGGUUUCCCCAUAUGAUGUUUAAAAUCUAACUGUUAUGGCUAAAAUCUAAUGUGUGGUCACCUUAAAUUAGAAGCUUAUUGCACCAGUCUUUGGGCAUUAAGCAUUUAUUAAAGUACAUUAGAAGUUAACAAAAGACAGAGGAAGAACACAUGGAGUUCAGAAAGAAAAAGCCUAACUAUCCUGGCAACUGCACCGGGACCUCCAACUGAAAAAAAGAUUCCCCCUUCUCCUAGAGUGGAAGCUCCCUGUGGGACCACAAGAGAGGCGGUCCCCACACACAGCACCAAGCUAAUUGGCUGGUAGCAUUGAUUGACAUGACUUACAGUUCUAUGAGUAGAUGUAACUUCCGGGCGCAAGUCACAUGAGUUCUCCUAAGGGGGGGGGGCAUUGCCCUUGUUCUCACAAUGGCUUUCUCAGCAGGGGGGUGGCACCCUGAUUCUCACACUCAACAUUGGUAGACUUAAGAGGUAGAUGGAGGAUCAUAGCUAGCUAAUAAUAAAAGUUGCCAUUUAUAUAGCACUUUAGCACUUUGCAAAUAUCUCAACCCAGGGAUGUAGGUGCUAUUAUUAUCUCCAUUUUACAGAUGAGGAGACUGAGGCAGACAGAGCUCAAGUGACUUCCCCAGGAUCACAGCUUGAAAGUGUCUCAGGCGGGAGGUGAACUCAUGUCUUCCUGACUCCAGAUCCAGUGUGUCAUCCACUGUGUCCCCUAACUGCUUCACUUGUUGAGAUGUGACAGAGGGUAUUCCUAUGUAGGUACAAUAAUUGGAUCACAUAACUUCUGAGGUCAGUCCCAACUUAGAUUCUUUUAGUUGAUUAUGAGUAGUUAGACUAGGAAAAUAAUAGGAAAGUACUACAGGCAAAGACAAUAGAUAGAAGCAAAAUGGGAUGGGAACAUUGGGGGAAUGGAUUAAACCCAACAAAUGAGCUAGCAGGAAAAGUGAAUAAGUAGCUAAAUGCCCAUAAUUGGAAGAAAGGUUAAUAAAAGAUUCUGUAGACUAAGUCACCAGAAAAUGCUAGUCAUGAGUUGGUACUAGAGAGGACUCCCAGGAAACAAAUUUCAACCAGGAGUCAAACUGGCAAUCAUUUUUAUGUUAUAGGGUGCACUAAAUGUCUACCAAUGUCAUUUUUCUAUUUUCAAAUCCCAUGGCUUUGAUUAUGGACCUGAAGCCUUGGCCAGGAUAGUUCUUAUUCUUCCAGAAACCAGAAGAUUGUGAAGGAAAUAGUAUUGACAUGAAUCGACAUGUGAAUAUAUGCUGUGUUGGCAAAAACAAUAACCAUAAAAUUUGAUAAUAUAAAGUUAACAUGGAGAGGUAGCAAACUGGUGAAAUUUAAUAGUAUUAGUACCAUGCCAUUAGUUAAAGGCCCUCUUUUCUGUUUUGUUGUUAUUGACUCAUUUCAAUCAUGUCUAACUUUUUGUGAUCCCAUUUGGGGUUUCUUGGCAAAGAUAUUGGAGUGGUUUGCCAU